GAUCGAUGAAUAUUAAAGCAAAGCGGGAUCGUUAUUUACGACGCGAAAGGAAACCUUACGACGACAUUCAUAACGCGAGUUUUUGAAAUAGCGAGGAGGGUUCUUGUCUUGUAUUGGCCCUUUGCUGUGGUUUGUGGAUUUAGGUAUUGGCCCUCCUCUUUGGCUAUCUGAUUUGGUGGUAUUUGGAUUUGAAGCGUUCUGCCUGAUCCGUUAGCAAUGUUCAAAUUCUGGGGAGCACAAGAACAACCCCAAACAGCGAUUCCCACACAACCAUGGCUUUCGUCAUCAAGCUCAUCACCGAAUUCUUCCCGUCCCUCCACGCCGAAUAGUUCAAUGUCUGCUGCUUUGGACCGCCCACAGUCUCCAUCAUGUGGGCCACUGUCUCCAACUGAGGCUGCAGGCAUUAUUGUUCUUUUAAAGGACAAAAGUGUUGAUGAACUUCGCAAGCUUCUUACAGACAAAGAGGCUUACAACAACUUUCUCUAUUCUAUAGAGCAAGUCCGAACACAAAAUGCUGUCCGCGAUGAGCUCUGGAAGGCAACAUUUCAGCUGGCAAGGGAGAACCUGGAUAAGGAACCACAAAUACUGGAGCUCAAGAAUCAGUGCCAAGUCAUUAGGAGCACAGAACUUGCAGAUGCCCAGCAAAAGCUUUGUGUUCUCGAGAAGCAAAAGGAAGAAAUUUUGCGCUUAUAUGCUCCUUCAACGCUACUCCGGAGGAUGCAAGAUGCCAUGAAUGCUGCGGACGAGGAAUGUGAGAGGCUGCACGGGCAGCUUCUUGAGAGGGAGAUAGAGUUGGGUGCCUUCCUUCCAAAGUACAAGAAACUCCGCACUGUUUAUCACAGGCGCUCUCUCUUGCAUCUUGCAGCCAAGGCAUCUUAUGGAUGACAAGUUAUUUUUGCAGGUUCACAAUAUUUCAUUUGUUGAUUACCUCUGAAAUUAGUUUCUUGUAUAGAAAAUAUAACCAAUUGUAUCAUCCACAUUUUCCAUUGUUACAUGUGAUCGUAUAUUAUCUUCUUUCUAUAACUGUCAAAUGUUAGACAUGUAAAUGCAUGACAAUCCCAGCCCUCUUCUCUAGAGAAUAAUGAGCAAACUAUUUUGUGCUUCAUUAUUCAUUCCUUCAA